AUGCAGCCUUACAGGGCCUCUUCUGGCUUCGCGGGGGGCCCCGUUUGUGAAGUGGCGGCUUGGAAGGGCCCCAACAACAGAGGAACUUUCAAAAGCUUCGGAGAAGUGAAGCAUCCUUCAGCAGCAUCGGGGCCUCCUUUCCCUCCACCUGCUCGGGUGUGUGCAGAGUCAGCCCCCACAUCUCACUGGAGCCCCACUCCUUGCCGUGGGCCGCCUCCUGCCCCUCCAGGGCCUCCAGGGCCCCCUCGUCGGGGCCCCCCUUCAGGUUGGGGUCCCCCCCCAGACUGCCGCAAUGGGAGGCCAGGGCCUCCUCCGGCUUUUAUGCAGCCGGACUUCCACCCAGAGGCCCCCGGAAGUAGGGGGGAUGGCAUAGGGCCUGGGGUGCCCGUGUACCAGAGCGCCCCUCCUUGCCCUCCCCAGCGAUCUUGGGGAGCAGCACAUGACCAUUCAGCAGGAAGGAGUAACCACUUCAUGUCGGGAGCCCGUGGAGGGGGACCCCCUAAGGACAGAGGGCCCCCGUCGGACCGCCGACCGGGUCCACCGUCUCAUCUCGGGGCAAGUGGAGACAGCCCCUGGAUGACCAUGAAGGACAACCCACACUCUGGAGAUGCGGCGUCAUCUUCAGCAUCAAAGGAAGAUAUGCCUUGGGGCUCCCCUCUGGCAUAUGACAGCGCUCAUCAUCAAAGGGGAACGGGAAGCGCUGCCGGGGGAAGCCACGGGGCCCCCGGGACAGGUGGGGGCCCCCGAUCUUCUUUUGGGUUUCCCCCUCCCUCAUCGCAAAAUGCAGAGCCUCAUUUUGGCCGUCUUGUGCAUGACGGGGGGCCCAGGGAGGCAGCCGCAGGCACUUCGUUGGGCCCUCGGGCUCGGUAUAUGCGUCCCGGGUGCUUCGUGCAGGAGGGCGACGACAGCAGCAGCAACAACAAUAACAACUGCAACAGCGGCAACAAUAGCGCAUCCUUGGGCCCUCCGCCCCCACCACCAAGCGGAGGCCUAGGGAGGGGUGAAGAAUUCGGAGGAUCCAACAGUCUGCCCUUAGGGCCACCUGACAACGGGGCCCCCAGGGGUCCUCUUGGGGGGCCCCCCAACAUGGGAAGGCCGCUGUGGGGUGGCAGGGGAUCAGCAGAAGCAGCAGCAGCAGAAGCAGCAGCAGCAGCAGUCAGCCGAUGCAUCGCCACUGGCUCAAUUCCGCAGCAGCUACUUUCUUUUCACCCCUCGUCUCCCUCCCCGAGUACGGAACCUGGAGGCCGCAGCGGUGCAUUGGGGCCAAAUCGGGAAGGGGGCGUCCCUCCUGUGUUAAAGGGCGGCCCUUGUGGGUCUCCUCAGGAUUUUUCAGGACCACUAGGGAACAUCAGAGGCCCAGCGCUGCCCGGAGGGGCCCCCAGGGCCCCUCCCGGCACAUUCCCCCCCGCAGCAGACCUCGGUGGGGAGAUGAGUGCAGCAGAGUUGGGAUCGUCAGAUAGCCGGCAAACUCCGGUGCCUUCAAGGGAUAUUAGGGGCCCAGGUCCUUCGGGGCCCCCAGCUGGACCCAUGGGGCCCCCCGCGGGAGUAGGACCUCUCGAUGGACGUUCCUUUAUGGAGCCGGUCUUUGAUUCCACCAGACAGAUUGAUGGCCAGCUGUUCAACGCAUCAAACAUGCACCAACAACAACAGCAACAGCCGCCGCAGCAGCAGCCGCAGCAGCAGCCGCAGCAGCAGCCGCAACAGCAGCAGCCGCAACAGCAGCAGCAAAAGCAGUGUGGCUUGCCGCAGCGGCAACAAUUCCCAACGGCCGCGGCAGGUGGGGAGGGCCCCACGAACUCAAUUCUCACGAACGAAGCAGCAAUGCAGUUGUUGCUUUUGUUUGCGCCACAACAGCUGCAGCAGCAGCAGCAGCAGAACCUGCCCACAGCUGGCAGUAUCAUGAAUGCAGCUAGUCCGCAGCAACAGCAGCAACAGCAGCAGCAACAGCAGCAGCAACAGCAGCAGCAACAGCAGCAGCAACAGCAGCAGCAACAGCGUGCGGUGUCAGAGGCGCUGCUGCAAGGACUUGCAAUGGGCGCGCAGCUACUACUGCAGCAGCAGCAGGUACCUGCCGCUGCUGCUCAAAAUCCUCUGGCAUCUCUGGGGGGCCCACAACAGCAGCUGGCUCUGCUGGAGUCACUGCGCUCUGCAGCAACAGCAGCAGCAGCAGCUGUCCGCAGCAAUCCGGAAGCUGUCAGUGUGCCGCAGACAGCUGAGACUGCGCUGCUGCAACUGCAGCAGCAGCUGCAGCAGCAGCAAAACCCUGCGGCACUGCAAGCCCUUGUGUCGCUACAGCAGGUUAUCCAAGCUGUGGCACCUGGAACACUGCAGCAGCAGCAGCAGCGACCGGGUCAGCAGAAGCCAGCGCUUCAACAGCAGCAGCAGCAAGUGUCGCAAGCCGCUUCAUUGUUGCAGCUGCAGCUGCCACAAGGAACAACUAGCGUGCAGCAGCAGUUACUAGGAGUGCUGUCUGGACAGCAGCUGCAGCAGCAGCAUCCUAGUGCUCCUGUAACCGGCGGUGCCCUCGUGGGUUAUGAAGGGGGUUUGCCGCAUGAGUCUCAGCAGCGGCAACAGCAGCAGCAACAGCAGACUGAGCUGCAGCCGCAGCAGUCGCAAAGCCACGGACGAAUUAAGAAUUCACUGUUGCUAGAGUUGUCACGUGUGCCUGAGAGGCUGUUGGACCCACAGGAGAACGACGCGGCUCACACAUGGUGCUAUUUAGACGCCUUUAACAAGUGUCAAGGCCCGUUUUCAACGCUUACGAUGCUGCAAUGGCUGGAGUUGGGGUAUUUCGACUCUACGAGGCCUCUUCGUCGAGAUGACGAGAAAGGUUUUACUCCUUUGCUUGACGGAUCGCGAAUAAAAAGAGCAGCUAAAGAUAUUGUCCUCUCAGCGCGCA